AUGUCGGCGCACGAUCACCAUGCUGCAUCUGACAGAGCAAGAAAUCUCUCUGUGCGGUCAUGGCUCCGGUCUUUGCUUCGCAGACCAUCCGAUGACCAUGCUGACCUCAACGCAGCUGGUCCUUCGCAGAUUCCCUUAUCGCAGGAGGGUACCAAUAUGAUCUCGUUUCAUCAUACCUUUGAGGAGACCGAGCGUCCUAGCUUUGCUCCUCCACCAAGAUCUUUCAGUGGAGGCUCUAGCAAUGGUCCGUUGUCAUACGAAGCAGCUGCACGCAGGACGCUGGCUCAGCCCAUCGCCACGCCGAAAGUCGGUGCAACACAUCGUCCGCCAAGUCUAUCGUCGCAAAACGUCCUCAACACACCUCCAAGUCCGAGCGCAUCACCUCCAAAAAGCCCCGGCAUUGCACGUACCCUGUCGAGCAGUGUCGCGGGUCUCACCGAUCGACUCUACCAUCAGCGACGUGCCAGCGAAACGUAUCGCAAGAUGAGAUCAGGCAGCAUAUCAGCAGAAGGCGAGCCCCAGCAAAACACGCUCUCUCGAAGCUUGUCAAGGCGUUCAGAUGCCAACGCACCGCUUGUGGUAUCUCCAUCUGCCAUCUCAGUGACAGCACCGAACUCUUCGGCUCCAUCUCCUCCAAUUCCGGCAGAGCGCCAACCGCAUCCAGCCAGCGAUGACAACAGUCCAGUUCCUUCACCUUCCAACGGAAUGCGGGCCAGCUUUCAGGCCGCAGCCAGAGCUGAAAGUGGAGACAUCAAUCCUGCACAAGCUAGCACGAUGAGUUCUACGGCCUCUAUGAGCUCUGCCGCCACAACUGUAUCGGCCUCUGAUGCCAUCAAUGAACUUUUACUGCCCGAAGGAGAACAAAUGCUCAAGGUCACCCACAAAAAAGUCAAACCACGUACCUUCAAGCUCGAUCCGGACCGUGGACAGAUCCUCUGGGAGUCAAAGAAGAAUAAUCGCGUCAACCUCGAAUCCAUCCGUGAAGUCCGUUUCGGACCCUCUGCUGCAUCCUACCGCACCUCACUCAACAUCUCUUCCGCACACGAACCGCGCUGGCUCACCAUCAUCUACCAGAACGCCGGCAUCUACAAAGCAUUGCAUUUAAUCGCUCUGUCCGAUCAAUCAUUGUCAAGAUGGCGAGCGAGCCUGCUCCAUUUGCAAUCCCUACGGAGAGAACUUCUCGGCUCCGUGGGCGCGUCCUCGAGCAUCGAGCAUCGUCGUCACCUAUGGAUGCGCCAUCACUGGAAGGAUGCGGACCAGUCCAACGACGAAAAGCUCUCCAUCGAGGAAGUCAUGUUGCUAUGCCGUCGACUUGGCAUUGAAUCCAACAAGGCACACCUUCGGCGCUGCUUCAACCUCGCAGACUGGCGCAAUCGUGGCUUCCUCGAUUUUCAAGACUUUCAGCAUUUUGUUUCGCUCCUCAAGCAGAGAUCAGAUGUUCAGACCAUCUUUGCUGCCUGGGCCGACCAGCCCUUGGAGCAGCCUAGACGAAGAUCGGAUGCAUCUCGUCAGGGCCAAGGCCCUCCACAGCAAGCACUUGGUCCUGAGGACACUUCGAGCGCGUCUGUGGCAUCGAGCGAACCACACGAGCCUGCUCCUGCAGUCAGUCAGACUAGUCUGACUGUAGGAUCAGAGUCUUGCCGUACGCGAGCCAUCUCGACCGAGAGCUUCCGACGGUUCGUUCGCAAUGAGCAGGGCAAUCGCAGCUUUUCCGACAGUCAGAUCGACGACCUGUUCCGCCGGCACUGCAACAGUCGUCUGUCCACCUCACAUCUGGCCGACGCGCCUACUGAAAGGGCUCAGAUGGACUACGAUGGCUUUCUCGACUUUCUCUCGUCUUCCGACAAUCCGCCAUUGCUGGAUCAGCUCCCGCUCUUCUCUACCAUGGUCUCUGAUCCCGUAGACAUUCCGGUGCUUGCCAAGCCUUCUGCUCCCGGUUCGAGAGAUGUGACUCAACCUGGUGACGAUCAGCGUCUGCAGCAACGUACACCUUCGCGUGCAUUUGCUGAUACCACCGACGAACUUAUCGCAGCAGGUGCAAACCACUCUGUGGCCAACACCAGAAAGGUGGCCGCCCACCUGCGGAAGUCGACCGUGCAACACGAUAUGACCCGACCUCUCAGCGAGUACUACAUCAGCUCCAGCCACAAUACCUAUCUCGUCGGAGGCCAGUGGAAGGGGGAUAGCACUGUCGAGGGCUACAUCCGUGCGCUUUUGCAAGGUGCGCGAAGUGUCGAGCUCGACUGCUGGGACGGUCCGAACAACGUUCCGCAGAUCACGCAUGGCCGCACCCUCACCAGUCGUGUGCCUUUCCAAGAUGUCAUUAGCGCCAUUGCUCGAUACGCCUUUAUCACCUCGCCCUAUCCCCUCAUCCUCAGUCUCGAGGUGCAUGCCGAUCCGCCACAGCAGGAUGUCAUGGCGCGCAUCCUCAAAGAUACUCUCGGCGAGAUGCUCUUGGGUCAGCCACUGGAUCCUCAAAGGAAACCAGACGCCGCGGACGAACUUCCCUCGCCAGAGAUGCUCAAGUUCAAGGUACUAGUCAAGGCAAAAAAUGUGGCAGCUGCCGACGGUCUGCGAGCUCCUCCUCUGCAACAGCCGGCCGAAGCGUUGAAUUCGGCAACCAAGCUCACGAACGGCACCAGUGUGAUUCCUACCAUGGUGCUCGAGCCUCCCACAUCUGCCACAGACACUACCAGCACAACCGAUUCGGAGGUCGAAUCACGCCUUGCAAGCGCCAAACACCUCGUUCGUCGCGUCACUAGGCGCAACGCAAAAGCCGCCGACUCCUCGGGAUAUCGUUCUAGCGACGCAUCUGAUAAUGGCAUCGAUAGGGACAGCUCAAAGCGGGCAAAGCAGGAUGCUGUCGAUCGAGGCGGCAAGCAUGCCAAGAAGAUGAUGUCGACGGCACUCGCGUCGCUGCUCAUUUACACCGUCGGCGUCAAGUGUCGCGGGUUCAACAAGAAAGAGACGUAUGCGACCCAACACAUGGUCUCGUUGUCGGAGAAGACCGCCCACAAACUGAUUCGCGACCCCAUCUCGAACGAAGCGCUGAUCAAGCACAAUCGCUCUCACCUCACCCGCAUCUAUCCUUCGAUGUUGAGCUUUGCCAGAUUGCACGCUAGCCGAAACUUCAUCCCCCUCGAAAUGUGGGCGACCGGGUGCCAGCUUGUAGCGCUCAACUGGCAAACAACAGAUUUGGGCUUCGAACUCAACCAAGCGAUGUUUAGCCGCAACGGUCGAUGCGGGUAUGUUCUCAAACCAGCAGCGCUGCGCACCAAAGAACAGGGUAAGAUCAUGCAGAGCAAAGCUGUGCGCUUCCGUCUCGAUCUCAGCAUCGUCUCAGCUCAGCAAUUGCCAAAGAAGACCAAGGCCGUUGCUGGCAAAGAUAAGGACAAGGCGCAGGCGGGUCAGGACAUCCGCGAGCCCAUCGAUCCCUUUGUCGUGGUUUCGUUGCUGGCUCCUGGCUGUUGGGGCAAGCAGCCUAAAGGUCUGUUGGAGAAAGCCUCGUCGCACGGAGAAGCAAUGGAGAGUGUCCUACCUCAGGCGUCCAAGAACAGCGGUAAGACGUCUGCCAGUGCCACUACAGAUCAGCAGACCACUGCGCCCGAGGAAUGUGCCGACGACGACUCCGACGCCACAAGAUCGCCUGAAGUGGCAGAACGCGAACAGCAAGCAGAUGCUGCAGAGACUGCUCCUCCGACCCAAAGAGAACGAGUCGGCUCAGCAUCGAUCCGCAAAUUGGAUGCAAAGGAGAGGGUCUUGGCACCGAGCCAUCUACUGAGGACCCCCACCGUGAAGGGGAAUGGUUUCAGUCCUGAAUGGCAUACGUCGAUGAGUGUGCUCAUCGAUGUGCCCGCGGGCGCUAGCAGCGAGCUUCUGGCGUUAAUAGAAGCUUGCAAAGCAUCCGAGUCCGGGGACGCAUUGGCACAUCCAGAGUUGGAGCGACUCAGCCGUGGCCUACUAGACCUCUGCUUUGUUCGCUUCGAGAUCUUCGACGACGACUUGGGGGAUCACAACGUUGAACAUACGGCGAUCGGCAAGGCUUCAUCCGACACAAGCACCCCGACCACGGCCGAGCCUGGCUCUCAACAAUCAUUGGGAUCGACCAGCGCCACUAGCAAGACGGUCAAUGCAGGUGCCGCAAGCAACGACGAUGCAUCGGACAGCGGCUCGUCAUCGGCGUCGUCGGCGUCGUCGAUCGACGCCGAAAGCGUUGCAGCCUAUUCGGUCUCGGUCGGCGCUUUACAGCAAGGGUACCGGCAUCUGCCGCUGUACGACCAUCAACUUUCGCAGUUCUUGUUUUCCACGCUGUUCGUCCAUUCGAGACUGCGUCUCGUUGGAUUAGUGGAUGUAAAUGCGAAUGGCAAGCAUUCGUGA